AAAGUCAGGAAACCUAAUUCCAAUCCAGCCGCUUGCCAUUUCCUAUAUAUGUUGUUUCUACAUCUCCACGAAACCCUAAUUACAGCACUCCGAUAAUGUCGAAGCGAGGGCGGGGAGGAUCGGCCGGUAACAAGUUCCGAAUGUCGCUAGGUCUACCGGUGGCGGCGACGGUGAACUGCGCCGAUAAUACGGGUGCGAAAAAUCUUUAUAUUAUCUCAGUAAAGGGGAUAAAGGGCCGGUUGAACCGUCUUCCUUCAGCUUGUGUCGGUGAUAUGGUGAUGGCUACCGUGAAGAAGGGCAAGCCUGAUUUGAGGAAGAAGGUGAUGCCUGCUGUUAUUGUGAGGCAACGUAAGCCGUGGCGCCGAAAGGAUGGUGUUUUCAUGUAUUUCGAAGAUAAUGCUGGUGUUAUAGUAAACCCAAAGGGUGAAAUGAAAGGUUCUGCUAUUACUGGUCCAAUUGGAAAAGAGUGUGCUGAUCUAUGGCCGAGGAUUGCUAGCGCAGCCAAUGCCAUAGUUUAAGAAUUAGUAGCUACCCAUUAGUUAACUAUUCAAGUUUUGAUUUUUCCUCGUAUGUGAUGCUUGAUUUUGGCGAUAUUGUAAGCUAGAAUUUUGAAGAGUAUAUUAUCGCCAGUUCAUGGUUUACCCUGGCUGCAUAGAUGCUUAUCUUGAAUUCCAAUCCGUUUUCUUGUUGCUUUGCUGAUUCCAUUGGUUGCGAAUUUUCAAGUUCA